AUGGGUUCCCGCUGUGCCAAGCUCAGCACCAGCCAUGGCACGGCUCAGAACACAGGUCAUAGCCGUGGCCACGAGUCCUCCAUGAAGAAGCUCAUGGCCUGUGUGAGUCAAGACAACUUCUCCCUGUCAUCAGAGGGUGAGGAAGAGGAGGAAGAAGAGGAAGAGGAGGAAGAGGAGGACGAGGAUGACGAGGAGGAGGAGGAAGAGGAGGAGGAGGAGGAGGAGGUCCCAGUAAAAGGCAAACUGCUGCUGAUGGAGCCCGAGAAGCAGGAGAGCACUGAGGAUGCCGUGGCCCAGCCGAGCCCUGAGCCCAAGCAGACACACUCCUGA